CGGCGACAAUCAAGGCAUACAGUCUCACUUCAUUAACCCGUUUACCCGACCUUCUGUAUGAGCAUCAUAGAAGUCAUCUCUUUAUAUGUUAUAGUAUCGUGCGAGUCUAUAGCUAAUGUAAAUGUAGUUACCCACAUCUCCACAUUUACUACGUUAACCAGAAUUCUUCGCUCUCAAGUCGAAAACUCGUCAAGAGGUCAAAACGAAACCGGCAAGUGAAAGACACACUGCAGAGACUCCGUGCCUCUGAUGGCUGGUCGGCUCCUCAAAGUCUCCUCUCUGGCUACAGCACUGUUUGCCUCCUCUGGGUUUUAUCUGUACAACAGACAACUGGACCUCAAUGACCUGAGUAUCAUCCGCUUCGGACGAGCUGCAGCUACUACGGCGGUCAUCAGCUACGACUAUCUGACUGCAUUCAAACAUGUGGAAUAUGGCACAGAGGAAUACUGGGAACUCAAGUCCAAGGUGCACCAGCGUUCAGCAGAGCGUCUUCUAGAUUUGUGCUGUGCCAACCGUGGUACUUUUAUCAAGGUGGGCCAGCACUUGGGUGCUCUGGACUACCUGUUGCCUGAGGAGUACACAUCCACACUGAAGGUGCUCCACAGCCGAGCUCCUCAGAGCUGCAUGGAGGAGAUCCAGCAGGUCAUCAGAGAAGACCUUGGCAAGGAGCAGCUGUCAGAGUUAUUUGUCUCCUUUGAGGAGAAGCCUCAGGGUGCAGCCUCCUUAGCCCAGGUCCACAAGGCAGUGCUUUAUGAUGGGAGGACAGUGGCUGUCAAGGUCCAACACCCCAAAGUCCAGAGACAAAGCUCCAAGGACAUAGUGGUGAUGGAGGUAUUAGUCAGAGUGGUCCAUUGGCUCUUCCCAGACUUUGCCUUCAUGUGGUUGGUGGAAGAGGCCAAGAAGAACAUGCCACUGGAGCUGGACUUCCUUAAUGAGGGACACAAUGCAGAGAAGGUGGCCAACAUGCUGGCCCACUACCCCUUUCUCAAGAUUCCGAUGAUCCACUGGGAUCUGUCCACAAAGAGGAUCCUGACCAUGGAGUUUGCAGAGGGGGGGCAGGUCAAUGACAGAGACUACAUGAAGAAACACAGCAUCAAUAUCAAUGAGAUCUCAGAGAACCUGGGUAAGAUGUACAGUGAAAUGAUCUUCGUCCAUGGCUUUGUUCACUGUGACCCACACCCAGGCAAUGUGCUGGUCCGAAAGUGUCCCCAGAGCAAGAAGACAGAGAUUGUCCUGCUGGAUCACGGCCUUUAUCAGAUCCUGCAGCCAGACUUCAGACUGGACUACUGUCGGCUGUGGCAGGCUCUGAUUAAGGGGGACAUAUCCAAGGUGGAGCGUUACAGCCGGAGACUGGGCGCUGGAGAUCUGUACCCGCUGUUUGCCUGUGUGCUCACCGCUCGCUCCUGGACCGCAGUCAAUGCCGGCAUUAGUUCUGUGCCUGUCACACACACUGAGGAUGUUGAGAUACGGACCAAUGCAGCUCUUUACUUGCCCCAAAUCAGCGACCUCUUGAACCGAGUGCCCCGUCAGAUGCUACUGCUGCUGAAGACCAACGACCUGCUGCGGGGCAUUGAGACCACCUUACAGACCAGAGCUUCGUCUUCGUCCUUCAUCAACAUGUCCCGCUGCUGUAUACGCGCCAUGGCCAGGCACAAGAGGAGUAAGGCUCAGUCCAGGAGGAGGCAUCUGCAGAUACAGCUGGCGGAAUCGCUCAGCCUGUGGAAACUCACCAUGUUUGAACUGUUUCUGUGGGUGAAGGGCUCCAUGUUGGUACAUUGGCUCACUGCACUGCUGGCAUUUCUGAACUGAAGCACAUCUGGACAUCACACUGGAACAUUAACAACAGGCUGCAACUGUUGGCUCUCGGGUGUAUAUACACUGCAUGUUAACACAUUUUAAAUAUGUGCCACACACACAUAUACACACUGAAUGUUCUCCUAUCACACAUUUGUACUUCUGUCUAUGUGAGGACUAUUGACACAGUGCAUUCCCUAGGCCCUGGCCCUACCUCUAACCAAAGUCUAACAGCUCUCUGAAGUUGUGAGUUGCUGUCCUCACGCAGUAUGUCUAUAACUCAAACUGGUCCUCACAAAGACAUAAGAUUACAAGUACACACACACACACACACACAUACAUGAGUACAUACAAGGACAGGAUGCUGAUGUCUUUGAACACCAGGAGCAGCUUGUGGCUGUUGGUAACUUUUUAGGCCUCACGAUCACAACAGUGCUGAGAUAAACUAUUUUCUCAUGAUUGUGUCAUAAUUGUUUAUUAAUUUCAUUUACUCAGGAUUCUGUCUUAUUCUAUUUAAUUUAAGAACAUUAUUAACAGAUAAUGAUUUUUCUCAUAACCCUGAGAUAUUGAACCAUUAUCUCCGUAUUUACUCCAUACCAGUGGCAGAAACCUGGUCACACUGACUGUAUCUCUGUGAUGUGCUAUGAAGUACUGUGUGUAUGGAUGAAUUGUAAUGUGUCAAGAAACAGUUCCACUACAUAGCUGCCCCUAAAAGCAUAAAUAGUGUGUUUUACAUUUGUGUUCAGUGUGGAUGGAAUGAAUGAAAAACAACAUGUUUAUUCGUUUAUUAGUUUAGCCCCCCCACUCUUGAUGUCCUGACUCCAGCUCCACAUAUAGAUAAGAUAUUGAUACCCAUGUUCUCACCUCACUUUCAGAAAAAAAAACAGAUAAACAUACAGACAGGUGACAACUUACAGAAAAACCUGAAUACAUGAGUGGAGAAACCUAAUGAAUGCAGGUGCACUGCAUGGUACAAUUAAGCAAUUAAUGUCCAAUCAUGCUCAUGUGUAUAAAAUUGUGAACAGGCUCAGCUGAUUCCUUUUCUUAUCACAAAAUGAAAAGAUCAAAAUGACUUUGAAAGAAGGAGGGGAAAAAAAGUGACAUGUCAGUUGAGUCAUCCUCCAUAUUCUCGACAUCUAGGUCAUGUGUGGCGUACACCAAGAGAAAGGUACAGGCCUGAAUGCCUAAUCUCAGUGGCUCUGUUCUGCUGUGGGAGGCAUUUUGCUGGCAUGGUUUGGGUUCACUUGUCCCCUUAGAGGGAGGGGUCACUGCAAAUCAAUACAGAGUUGUGAUUACUUUUAUCCUAUGAUGAAACAUUUCUGUCCUGAUGGGAGGGGUCUCUUCCAGGAUGACUAUGCUCCCAUCCACAGGUCAUGAGGGGUCACUGAAUGGUUCGAGUAUAAAAACUAUGUGAAUAAUUUUGGCCAAUGGCAGUCACCAGAUCACAACCCAGUUGAACCUAUUGUUACGAUUAACUGGUGACCCAAGAGCAAAGGGAGACAAGGGUUAGAACGUGCGUAGAAAUGAGUAAACGAGCUUAGCUUACACGAUACUAAGUGGCCUGAGAGCGAGACGCCAAACAGAAAACACUGGAAACACCAGGGAAAAUGGGAAUCAUUGCAUAAUAAUAAUAAUAAUAAUAAUAAUAAUACAUUUUAUUUGGCAGUGCCUUUCACAGCACUCAAGGACACUUUACAGAAUCUUAAAAACACAAUAAAAAUAAUAAAAACAACAGACAGUUAAAAAGAAAACCAACAUGUUACACAGCACUCCUCACCACCAUCAUCAAACGCACGAGGGAAUAUCUUUUAGAAGAAUGGUGUUCAUCCAGAGUCAAUGCAAGACUCUUUAUGUUGGUCUGUCCUUUGAUUUGUCUCUCGUCUGUAUUUCCAAAAAUGUCGUAGAUAUUCAAGUAUAAUAUGAUGUGGGAUGGAACAUGUGACACAAGUUUAUAUUUUCUUAUGAAAUCAAUCUUAUUACUUGAGGUAGCAGACUUUCUAAAACAAUGCAUGCUCAGUUAUCUCACUGUCUGUCAGAUGAGUUCUUGAGAUAAUUGAAUGAUCAUACUACAGAUCUAAAACAUUUACAGUGAGGCUGUAUAAUCUGAAACGUAAUGCCUUAUAAAAGACAGUGAGGCAGCCAUGGAGGUUGUACAAAGAAGAGUUAUCAACUAGGGCUGGGUACAGAUUUACUGAAUCGAUUCCAUUUCGAUUCACAAGGUCCCGAGUCGAUUCAAUUCCCAUUUCGAUUUGAUUCAUUUUGUUUUGAUUCGUUACGAUUUGAUUUUGAUUCAGCCAGACAUAUUUCAGUUACAACAUAAAUUUUUCUUGGCUAUGAAUUAGAUUCUCAGAGAACUAAUGCUGUGAAGUGUACCUCUAACCUGGUACAUUAUUGAAAAUAUUAAUGUUUACAUUGCCAGUGGACACAAAGCAGUUAGAUUAAUGAACGUUCUAUUUAACAUGACCAACAGUUUAGACACAUCUCAAGAAAUAAUACAUGUAGUAUGCGAUGAUACACACAGCUUCUUCUUGCACACCUCACAUAUAGCUUGGCUUUUGUCCAGUUCGUAACUGUCUACAUAGUUUUUUAAUCUGAAAUUCAGCCACACAUCUGCCUGUAGAAUUGCCACUGACUUCACUGGGACCUCGUCUUUCAUGUUUUUGUCUCUCUCGUGCAGAGGUGUAGUGCUGAUGGUUUACGUACCAGAGCUCAUAUGGUGGACGCGUAUGGUUGAGUUGCAGCUCUUUUCAAAGGUUAUGUAACCUCUGUUCCUACGGUGGCAAGUUUACAUUAAUUUACUAACUUGUGUCGAGCAAAUGAAGCUGCAUUGGAAACAUCCAUUCAGAGGAGAAGCUGCAGUGCAGGCGUAGGUCAAGCUAAGCUAACAGGCUAGGCUGUGAAAACAUAGUUAAGCUAGCUUUCUAUGGAAGCAGCACAAGCUGUUCAAGUGUAACAGACUGACUGUCAUGUUUCUGUGUAAAAGCAUCACAGAUAAAGAAACUGUCAGAAGAGUGAAUGAUGAAUGAAAGAAUGAUUUAUGUCAUUUCAUCUUUAUUACUUAACCAUUUAAUUAACUGAUCAGCUCAGAGGCUACCAGCAGCUUAUAGACUCUGAGAAGAAAAGUGGCGGAGCAUUGUUCCGGCAGCUCCCCCAGCUCUCCACCUAUGCUCACCUGACCAGAUCUCGUUGUGACACACAUCACACAUCCACAGGAGAGUUUAAAAUGUGUAUAUUAAAAGAUUGAUCUCGUGUUUUAUGAAUUGAUAUUGGAUUAUUCAAUUGAAGACCGCUUUUAAUUGACGAAUCGAUUUUUUCAACACAGCCCUAUUACCGACCAUUCAGUCAGUAGCAAGCACAACUGUAAAGUAGUACAUCAAUCAGAUACCAGAUCAGUAAGUAAUACAGCAAGACAGGAAGUAAGUCAUACACAAAUGCAGGUAUCCAGUCCAGGGGAAGAGUGCACUGACAAGCAUGUGCAAGUUGUCACAGGAUGAUAUUCACCUGCACCUUCAUUUCAAAGAAACGAAGUCAUGGUGAACAUGUGCCAACAAGGCUGAAGAAAACCAGAUAAAAGAUUUAUAUGAAAUAUAAGAGGGCGUUUAGAGUUGUUGUCACUUCAGGUAAUGUGUAGUUCUGUUACUACUGAUUAAUUCCUGCUCCUCAGAAGCUACCUCAGAAUGAAGUUUGCAUCAAGUCAGUUAAAUAUCUGAUGCGUUAAUGCUUCAAUAGUUUCAGUCUUUUUAAUUACUAUGUUUACUACUUCAUUGCUCUCGUUUUUAGGUCAAAUGCUGUUCACUCAUUCCACAAGCACUGCACUUUGUAUUACUGUCAUUAGUUGCAGGUGUUAUGCUGAAGUGAGGUUGUUUCUUCAACUUUUAUAUUCCUGCUGAUAUUCUCUUUCUUUUCCUGUCACUCAAAUAGAUGGUUACAGGUUCCGCCCCCCAAACCCAAGGUAUGACAUUGUGUGAUUGACUGUGAUUGGUCUAAAAUGCAACAUAAUGUAUUGUGUUGCUGUCCAGAAAAACUUCUUCUCUAUGGUUUAUUGCAUUAUUUUUUAAGUGACUUAAUUCUGUAUUUUCCUCUUCACAUCACUAUUGUCAUUGUUGUAACACGGUUCCUAUUUACCUUGUGUCUUCUUUUCCCCACACAUUGAGGGAGGGUUCUUUGUUGAUUGUUUGGUCGCAUCAUUUCUGACUGUGUCAUAAUGUCACAUCAAACCCUAUAUACUACAUUGUGCACUAUAAUGCACACUUUUUUAUUUGUGUCACAAUUCAGUGUAAAAUGUAGGCACUGUAUAGGGCUCUUUACACUGUACUCUACUUCCUGCUUAUAGUUCCACAAUGCAAUGCUUCAUCUUUGAUGCCUGCAUAGUACAGUGUUGCAGAAAUAAGUUAUAAUAAGCAUAUUUGCAGUUCUGAAUCCUGA